ACGCGCUCUCCUCUCGGCCAGUACGCACCGGCGGACUCGUGUGCUGCGCUUUUACGCACCGCUUCUACGCGUAAGAUCCUGGUGGUCCUCUGAAUCAGCCGGACGUGACUCGUGAACCUCCGCGCAGAAGUGUCUGAACCUUUUCAUCCUGUGGUUUUCUAUCGCGCGAUCUGACGAUUACGCGCAGCCAAAAGAAAAAAAAAAAACAAAACAAACGGAACACAAACACGCAGAGGGUCUCAGUUGAAGUUGACCAGCUCUCUCAGCAUCUUCGCAUCUCCCGGCUCCCCGUCCCUUCUGAUCCUGGAGCAGCUGCCGGAGGGACGGGAGAAGCUGCGCGCCUACGCGGUGCCGACACCACUGAAUGUGGGAACGAUGGAUUAAGAGCCUCGCCGGGACUUGAACGUCGCUUCUGCUCCAGUCUUCCUCUGCCCACGAUCCACCACGGGAUUAUUUAUCCACGCGAGUCCUCCACCAUGACAGAGGAAUAUGUUCUGCGCUGCGUCCUGAUGCUCUGCUGCGCGCUUUUAUCGGCCAAUGCGAGUAACUGGCUGUAUUUGGCUAAGCUGUCAUCAGUGGGGAGCAUCAGGGAUGAAGAAACCUGCGAGAGGUUACGAGGCCUGAUCCAGAGACAGGUUCAGAUCUGUAAACGCAGCGUGGAGGUGAUGGAUGCAGUGCGUCGAGGAGCUCAGCUGGCAAUAGAUGAGUGUCAGUUCCAGUUUCGCAACCGAAGGUGGAAUUGCUCCACUCUGGAGAGCAUGCCGGUGUUUGGCAAAGUGGUGACGCAGGGCACCAGGGAGGCAGCUUUUGUGUAUGCCAUCUCAGCAGCCAGUGUGGCGUUUGCGGUCACCAGGGCUUGCAGCAGUGGAGAGCUGGAAAAAUGUGGCUGCGACCACAAUGUUCAUGGAGUCAGUCCAGAGGGGUUCCAGUGGUCGGGCUGCAGCGACAACAUCGCGUACGGCGUUGCUUUUUCUCAGUCCUUCGUGGACGUGAGAGAGCGGAGCAAAGGGCAGUCGUCCAGCCGGGCACUCAUGAACCUGCACAACAACGAGGCGGGAAGAAAGGCAAUCCUUUCUCACAUGCGUGUGGAGUGUAAAUGCCACGGCGUGUCUGGUUCCUGCGAGGUGAAGACCUGCUGGAAAGCAAUGCCUCCAUUUCGCAAGGUGGGCAACAUCAUCAAGGAGAAGUUUGACGGCGCUACUGAAGUAGAGCAGCGAAAAGUGGGCAGCACCAAAGUGCUGGUGCCCCGAAAUUCACAGUUCAAACCUCACACGGACGAAGACCUGGUCUACCUGGAGCCCAGCCCGGACUUCUGUGACUAUGACCCGCGCACACCUGGGAUGCUGGGCACAGUGGGACGGCAGUGCAACAGAACGUCGAAGGCCAUCGACGGCUGUGAGCUGAUGUGCUGUGGCCGGGGCUUCCAGACGCAGGAAGUGGAGGUGGUGGACCGCUGCAGCUGCAAGUUCCACUGGUGCUGCUACGUCAAAUGCAAACAGUGUCGCAAAAUGGUGGAGAUGCACACGUGCCGGUGAUGAACGCUGCUGAUGAACACUGCAGACGCCCCUCAUUCCUGAGAGAGAGCCCUCUCCUGCUUGAGACCACCAACCUCUUCCACAGGGAGGUCAAACGUCAUCCCAUUUGUUUGAAUGCAGUUUGUUUUUUUCUCAAGUAGAGAGCCUCUUCCACUUCCUGUCUUCUUAUUUUUGUAAUGUUUAACUUAUUUGUUGAGACUGAGAAGAUUGUCUGGGUGGAUGGACAAGAGGAGAUGGAAAGGCGAAACAUGGACCCUUGGUUUGGGAGGGAGAAGAGGGUUGUGCUCCCUCUACGUUGCUGCUGCUGCUUAUUUGACUUCUUCAGUCUGAGGAGAAAAGACAAAGCUGAGGCAUCGGGACUUGCCUGUGACUGUGCUGGUGAGACGCCAUACGACGCCCCAAUGCUGCUUCACAAACUUCGGCGAACACUAGGCGCUACUCUCUCUGCUGGUCUCACGGAAAACUCCGACCCGGUCGGCUCACUACUGCACGUCCGUCCCGCGGCUGCCAGUCCGCUUAAUGCACCGAGAGUAAACACAGCGUCAUGCCCGCCGCCGACUCAACGUAAACAUGCAUGAUGACUGAAGCACUUUCUCUCCAAGCGCACAUAGAGCCCAGCCCGCCCGCAGUCAUCGUCGGCAGCCGUCACACAAACACACACUCAUGCCACUGUCAGGACUGUUGCACCACCUUGCUUCCUGUUAUAACGUGCUACGAUUAUAGAGACGAACUGUAGAUCUGUACAGACUUAUACACUGAAGAAGACUAUACUGCCUAUGAAUGUACGUUAAAAAUGAAUAUAUGCUGUGUCAAAAACCACAGUGUCCCUUCUUUUGUGUCGUCCUAUGA